AUGACUUAUAUUUUUGUCAGCAAAGCGUUUAAAGACAAAGACAAGAGACAAAGAUAUGCCACAAGAAAUCGUAUCCAAAGUGGUGGUCAUGUGAAUGAAUACUUUGAUAUCGAGUCAAGUGAUGGCAACGAAACCCCAAACACUUCGUCAGUCAGUAGUGAUACCGAGGAUGAGACAAACGAAGACUAUAACGGGGCGAAGAAUCCGAAGUGGAAUAAAGUGUUUCAUUGUUAUUUACCGCAAGGCGUGGACUCGUUUCACGUCGAGAUAUACGACGAGUGCUCCUUCACUAUCGAUGAGAUGAUUGCAUGGGUUUUAUAUAAAAUACCCGAAACGACACUUUCUGGACAGACAGUGGAGGAAUGGGUUGACCUGAACGGCAAGCAGGGCGACGGCAAAGAGGGCCAGAUAUGUAUUGUCACUUCAUUUACUCCUUUAAAUAAGACUGCGUUGCAGAACACGGGAUACCCAGUGGCGGCGGCCGCUCCUAAUAUGGUGCCCGUAAUAAUGCCCAAUCAAUUCGGUGUUGUUUACGGCAAUAAUCCCGCAUUACCUCAAGUGUAUGUACAACCGGGUCCGCCGCCCACCGCAGCACAGGCUCUGCCGCAGCCCAUUGUUAUCAGCGAAGAAGAUGUGAAAUUAGUGUCUGAAAUGUUUCCCAACGUUGAGAUCGAUGUCAUCAAAGCUAUUAUGGAAACCCAAAGAGGAAACAAAGACCGAACCAUCAAUUCGUUGCUUCAGAUGACGAGCGAAACUAAUUAAUUAAUAUACGUAUGGAUUGCCUUCCAAUCUA